CAGAAAUCUUUGUCCAACAGCUGAACAACAAGAAAACAACAGAGAAAGACAGGACAGCGUGGGAAAUGUGUCCUGUGUGGUUAUUGGUGGCUGUGGCGCUGGCGGGCGUGGCCAGAGGAGCUGGUCAGUGUUUGGAACAUCCCAGCUGUCAGGAGCUCAACUCUGAGAGCAACAUGCUGGAGUGUAUCCAGCUCUGUCGCUCCGACCUCACCGCAGAGACACCGAUCAUCCCCGGCGAUGGCCACCUCCAACCUCUUCCUCCAUCAGAGUCUCUGCCUCCCCUCUCCCUGUUCUCUUCCUCCUCCUCUCCACAGGCCAAGCGCUCCUACUCUAUGGAGCAUUUCCGCUGGGGGAAGCCUGUUGGGCGAAAGCGCCGCCCGGUCAAAGUCUUCACCUCCAACGGCGUGGAGGAGGAGUCGGCCGAGGUUUUCCCUGAAGAGAUGAGAAGGCGAGAGCUCGCCAGUGAGAUUAUAGCAGCAGAGGACGAGGAGAAGGCACAGGAGGUGGCGGAAGAGGAGCAGCUCCAUGAGAAGAAGGAUGGCACGUACAAGAUGAAGCACUUCCGCUGGGGUGGGCCGCCGGCCAGCAAACGCUAUGGCGGCUUCAUGAAGAGCUGGGACGAGCGCAGCCAGAGGCCCCUGCUCACGCUCUUCAAAAAUGUCAUCAACAAAGACGGACAGGAGCAGAAGAGAGAGCAGUGAGGGAGGACAACAGAGAGGGAAGAGACAGAUAGAAGAUGAGCAGACUGAUUGGCCAACAAGUCCUCCAAACAGCCCGUAUGAGCGUUCUCUGAUCUGACUCCCUGUCUCCUAGAAAUUACAUUUAUUUACAAAUGUUCAGUGAAUAAUUAAUAAUUUGUUUAGUGUAAUCACAGCCUAACUAAGGAUUAUCUUUAUUAUUGGUUAAUUACCACUUAUUGUCUUGAUUAGUUUAGUCAAUAAAACCUGACACAACAGUGAAAAAUGUCCAGCAGAUUUUU